UACUGCACUUUCCCAAAUAUUUCCAAAACAUCGGUCAUUUGUAUAACAUUUUCAAUAUUUUCUAGUUAUAUAUUUCUUUACUUUUAAGAGGGGCGAUCAGAUCGCCCAACUUUAAUUUUACAUUACAUCCUGUGUGAAUCAAUUAUAUCGUCUCUUAUAAAUAGCUGCAUUGAAUGUCAAUUCCGAGGUCAAUUAUAUGCGUAAAAAACGCACUUAACGGUCAAGUGUCAAUAAACUGUAAGCUGUAUAUUACAUUGAAGUAUGGUACAAUCAUCACAGGAUGGUAGCAAAAUCAAAUUUGAAUAAGUCAGACAAAUCUGAAAAUAUGGAGAAAUCCAAACCAUCUAGUUCAAGCCCAGAUCAGUCUGAUACUUCAAGCAGUAAAACCGAUUCCAAGACUAGUCCAAAUGUGAAACUGCAUGUGCUUAGUAACAAGAAGGUAUCUGUACCUCAAAAUUGUAUCACUGAGAUGUUAAAGGGUAGCAAUACUGACAUUGCUGAUUCUACAAAUGGAAAGGACACAGUAGAAACUUCUUCCACAGAGGACAUUAUACCCGAACAUGCGAGCGUUUCGCUUCCCACAAAUCAAGCACCAGGCGAUAACAGUGUGGGUGAAAUGGAAAAGAAUAAAAUGUCUAUUUGCGAGACAGAGUCAGAGAAAUAUAAUGAAUUAGAACCAGAAUACAAAAGGAGAGGAAGAAAGCGAAAAGUUAUCGAUUAUGCUUCUCUAGCUGAAGGUGACGAGAGUGACACUUCAACUAACGAUAUUACUGAAGGGUCCGAGGGAAAACGCAAACGUGGCAGACCUAAGAAAUCUGAUCAAAAAGCAAAAGCAACACUUUCAAAAGGUAAUAAAAGUUCCGAUUCAAACAACACAACCACCACAGUGGAAGAGGGUGAUAAACCAGUUAAGAAGAAAAAGUCUCACGAAAGCAUUGUGGAACAAUGUGAUGAACAAGGCAAGAAGAAGAAGCCACGCGGGAGAUAUGCAACGACCUCUCAGCAAAGUAAAUUGUUGACCACUGUUUUCCAGCAGAUAAAUGGUAAUGUGAAUCUUCAGCCCAUAGAUUUGAGUGGAGAACAUUCUGAAUCGCCCUUGGAUGCUGUACGUCCUGGUUCUUCAGGGGAUGUUGAUAACAAAACAAAUGCAAAAGUCGAAGAAAAGUUGGUCACUUGCGCAGUAUGUAAUUUGCAAUUCUCAAAGUUGUCCUGGACUCAACAUAAGUAUCGGAGCCACAACAACUUAGCAUGGCGAGUGGGCGAUCCUCCACUGGAUCUGAACAAUCAUGGACUAGUUAUGAGUAUUUUGACCGAUCUUUAUAAGCGCAAAAAACCCUUGUAUUGCGAAAAUUGUGGAAUCACUAAGAAAUCUGCAUUGGGGUACCUUUCUCAUAAAUCGGUAUGCCAAAGAUCAGCCAACGAAGUUUCUUCUGUGAGAAUCAAGUGCGAGUAUUGCGAACAUACAGUGUUACCUGUCAGUAUGUCCGCUCAUUUGAAGAUAUGUAGAGGUCUGCUAGGUCCUGACACUGAUAACGAGGAUACUCCAUGUACUGACGAACCACAUGCUUCAACUUCCAAACGGAAAGCGGCCGCAAAAGCUGAAAAUAUAUUCAAGGAAUUGCAAAGUGAGAAAAUGAUGUCUGAACCAAAAAAAGUAAGACGCUCUUGGUACAUUAAUUUUGACUUUCAUCCCACUGGUUUCGGAAAGAAACGAAUUAAUCGCGAAAUUAAAGCAAACAAAGCUGCAAAUUGCUGGUUUACAGCUUGCAAUUUUCAAUCUUCGGACGUGCAAGAACUGGAAAAUCAUAUCUGGAAAUGUGGUCAUAAGACUAUGAAUGGUUAUACAUGUAAAAACUGUAUGUUUACGUUUGAAAGUGAGGAUCAAAUUGUCGAACAUGUUAAACAGGUUCAUAGUAAAUCGACCAAUGAAGACUUUGUAGAAGAAGAUAAUGAGCUGGAAUGUGACAUGGAGCCAGAUCGCGUGAAUAAAGCUGCGAGGAAAAAUCCAAACCAAAAUAAGAAAUUGCUACUAAAUGGGAUAAGUUUUCUACUUAAACAGCGGCAAUAUCCGACAAGUACUGCCAUACGAUAUCCACCAUCAUACGAUUGGAGUUUAAAAUUUUGCAAACAAAACUAUCAAAACACCAAUUUAUUUCCAUUGUGGAAAGCAGUUGUGGAGGAUUACGAAAAACUGGAUUUAAACAUGUAUUGCAAAUACAUUCCGCAACAAAAAUAUUCCGUGUCUGCAGCCUCGAUUGAAUCGAAUACCUAUGCAGAUCUACUUGCGUUGAAUUAUCAGUGGAAACGAUAUAAAUUGUUCGAAUCUGAUUUAUUGUGUAAUGAUGCGUCAACGAUAUUUUGUGGAGGAUCAAUUUGUGCGAUGGCAUGGGCACCUAACCCACACAUGAUUGAAGAAUGUGCACAAAUUUUAGCUGUAUGUGUCAAUUCCAAAUUCAAUAAAGGAUACCCACUUGAUCAGUUGUAUAAAGAACCGGGAAUGAUUCAACUUUGGAAUUGCGGCACCUUAUCAAAUAGUAGUUACAUCUCUGAAAAACCGAAAUUGGAAUACUGCAUAGCACACGAUCACGGUCCUGUAUGGUGUAUGGAAUGGUGCCCUUCGGGUACUUACGAUGUUGAGGAGAGUAAUUAUCUGCGACGCCUUGGCUUACUCGCAGUUGGCUGUGCGGAUUUGAACGUCUACAUUUACUCUGUUUGUUUUCCUGGUUCAUUGAGUGGCAAAAUUUUUAAGACAAAACCGCUUUUAAAAUUAGCAUUGGAAACGACUCGUGAAAUCACAGUUAAUGGAAUUGAACCUCAUCCAACGACACUUUCGUGGAGUAAAGCGAAAGACCACCAAUAUCUUGCUGUGGGUUAUGGAAAUGGCAUGAUCGGCAUUUUUGAUAUGCUUAGUACAGCUUCCUUACUCAAUUUUCAUUCAAAUGAUGGAGAAGCUAAAAUAAUGCGACCGUAUCAAAUUUUUAAUGCCCAUUAUCAUGCGGUUACUGCUCUACAUUUGUUUCAUUUAAGCGAUGGAAAACGUUGGGUAAUGUCUGGUUCGUUAGAUCGUUCCAUAAAGUAUUGGGAUUUGGAUAAUCCCACAGUUCCAAUUAGUAAUCUUACUAAGUUUAUUGUAACAGACGGAGUUUGGCUGAAUCACUGGUUAAGUACAGUUCAUACCUACGAUGAUUGUUGCGGAGGAGGUUUGACGUACAGCUCUGUGUAUCAAUUACGCAACUACGAAAGUGAAUGUACGUCAAUUAUGCAUUCAAAUUCCCAUGUAUCCAGCAUCAGUGGGAGUGACUGGAUAAAUAGCUUUGUACAGGGCAAUGUUGCGGGAGAAAUAGCCGGAUUUUUUCCGCAUCAACUGUUUUAUGCACUCGACAGCGACAAAUCGUUUCGAAAGAAAAAAGCGAUAUUGGGAUAUGCUCGGUUGGUGGAAAAAAAUUUGAGUGCUGAUGAGCGGAUACAUCGUAAAGGCCAAAGUUCUAAAAAGGAUAAAUCCCAAAAACAAAAAUCAGAUAUUUGUCAAAAUUACAAGGUUGAUGUUCAUAAUGAGGAUUUCCCACAAGAGGAAUAUAUAGAGCCUUCAUCGUACGAAGAAGCGGAUGAGAAAUUUGGGCUUGUAUUUUGUGAUAUGAAGUUGGUUUCGUUAAGUGAUCUCCCUGCAAAUCUCAGCAGUUAUUACAAGUCAAACAAUAAUGACAAAUUGUUUCCCAGUAAACCAAACAUAUAUCCUCUUCAGCUGAUUAAUAAAGUAGUUAUAAAUCCAAACCAUAAUUCGUAUUUGUAUUAUGCGACUGGUUACCAAUCUGGAUUCGUGAGAAUAUCGUCACUUAAAUUUGUUAAUAAACGGGGUAGGUGAUAACGCUGGAAUGUGAUUUAGCCCAAUGACAAUGCUGUGAUUAUUACAAUUUUUGUAAAUUAUUACUUUUAUAAAUCAAGCUAAAUAUAUGAAUUUGUGUGCCCACAGUUUGCAAAAUAGAAAAUUGAUUUUUAACAACA